AUGGCCGCAGGACUCGUCGCCAUGCAGUUAUACAUCGUCUUUAUUUUACUGAGCUCUCUGUGCCAGCGGCUGCAAGGCAUCGAGUUCGAAGACUUGCCCGAUAAAGAUGUGCAUACUGGCUUGCUGCUGCAGCUAUUGAAGCGCAUACGCCUGGAACGGGACUAUGAUACCAUCGUCAUUUAUGGGCCUGAGCCGUGUGUGUUUCAUGCACUCCUGCCACAGCUGGAGCUGCCCACAGUGCUGCUCACACAAGGCAGCAGCUGGGAGGAUUGGAGCUUCAGCAGCGAGUCGUUGCUUCUCAUCUGUAGCUCUGAUGCGGAGCAGGAACGGAACACACGAACUUUGCUUAAGCUGCAGCCAGCCCGUCGCUUGGUCUAUCUGGAGUUAGAGAAGCAGCCAACGGAAGUUUGCCAGGCUUACUUUGAGCGGGAGCAGGUCAAUGUGGCCAUGGUGGAUUCAGUGGGUAAUCUGUAUAGCUGUCGUUGCUUUGAGCAGGAAAACUAUGUGCAGCUGGCUGUCAACUUGAGCUCCAGCUACCCCAUUUAUGUGGAACAAUUUAGAAAUAUGCGCGGAUCUCUUAUUAGAAGCGAACCUGAUCAGAUCGGUCCUCGCGCCAUGCUCUACCGCGAUCCCAGCACAGGCAAGUACCAGAUGAUGGGCAUUGCAGCCAACUUGAUCAAUACGUUCGUGGAGCGUGUGAAUGCGACGUUAAAGCUGCGCGAUGACAUUGGCCAAGGCAAGAAAAUUUACUACAAAAACAUCUUUCAACGGGUGCAGCUCAAUCUGCUGGAUAUCGCUGCCACGCUGUCCAGCACUCUAGAUAUGGAGAACUAUGACUAUCUUAGCUAUCCGUACAUUCACAGUUCGUUUUGCUUUAUGAUACCCAUGCCGUCGGCUCUGGAGUUCAAGGAAAUCUACGCGAUCAUAGUGCAGCCUCUGGUGGCAGGCGUGUUAAUCGUCUUAUUUCUAAUCUUCUCGCUGCUGUAUAUCUAUAGCGAGGACUUGAACUGGCGCAGGUUCAGCCUCAUCAACAUGCUGCUCAACGACCGCUGUCUACGCGGCCUUCUAGGCCAUGCCUUUCCGAUGCCUGCCCAGCCUAGUCGCUAUCUAAAGGGCAUUUGUAUGCUGAUCUGCUUCGCUAGUAUUAUGACCACUACCAUGUACGAGUCCUAUUUGCAGGCGUACUUCCUAAGGCCGCCACAUGAGCCAAUGCUGCGCAGCUUCGAGGAUAUUUUCGCAUCUCGCUACAAAAUUGCCUUGGAACGCGGAGAGGCGAGUCACAUCCUGUUCAAAAACUUCAGUCUGACCACAAGCAAUGCUCACCACGCAUUCAUCCUGGAUGAUUGGACAGAGCUUUUACGGUUACGUGAUAGUUUUAAUGCCAGCUUUAUUUAUCCAGUGACUGAGAUACGCUGGCUAUCCUUCAAGGAGCAGCAGAAACACUUUAGUAAGCCUGUUUUCUAUUACUCCGAGGAUAUUUGCAUGAAGCGUUUCCUGCUGCUGUCCCUGCCCGUUCGCCGACAUCUGCCCUAUCGGCAGCUCUUCGAGCAACACAUUCUGGCCAUGGAAGAGUUUGGCAUUUCAAAGUACUGGGUAACGAGCACCUUCCACGAAAUGGUGCGCUUAAAAUUGACUUCAUUCAAAGACUACAGCCAUCCGGACUCGUAUGAAGAGGAGAUCUUUUUAAGAGAUCUAACCCAGAUUUUUAUAUUCUACUUAGCGGCUCAUCUAUUGGCCUGCAUUUGUUUUGCUAUAGAAUGUGGCUGGUCAAAGAUUUUUGGUAUCAAAUAA